GAUCGUGCUGGCGGUCCACCCUACGGAUGCUGGGAACUACUUCAUGCUCACGCCUGACGGCGACACGUACAUAGAGGACUGCUCGCCCGCCUCGGCCGAUGUCGAACGGCUUCGGGGUUCUGGAGGUCUCGGGGAUACUCCCCAUGGGCUGCAGGGUGCGCGCAUCUAUCGUUUUCGAGGGCCCCCCGCCGCGGAGGAGCUGCGGCAGCACUUCAUCGAUGCGGCGCUCGCGCUGGGGCUGCCGGCGCCUGCUGAUGGCCUGCGGGUGCGGCGCGUGGGAGGCGACGACAUCGUCCCGCGCGCUGGCCCUCCUCCCCCUCAGGGUCCUGUCGACCCCAGGCCGCCUGGCCAGGGAGUGAGGGCGGCGGGAGCCGCCGCGCCGCCGCUGCGGGCUGACCUGGUGUGGGUUGCUGCUGAGGACGCCGAGGAGCUGCCCAAAGGCACGGAGGUCGAGAUCACGGUGGACACCACCUCGGCAGGUGAUCGUGCCGUCAUGCCGCGGAAGGGCGGCUACGUGUUCGUACGACAGCUCACGCGUCCCGAGGGCGCGCAGAGGCAGGAUGGCACCCUGCCAGCUGGUGGGAUCGACCUGCAGGGCCCGAGGACGGCAGCCUGGUUCCGUCGGCACGUCGCCGAGAACGGCCCCACCCCUCAGGCAGCACACGAGCCGUGGCUGCGCAAGGCCAAGCUGCACGAGGGGGACAGGGCCAUCCACGAGCACUUCGUUCUGCCCCAGGUGCUCGCUGCGGCAGUUUGCCACGAUCGGCUGAACAUUCCAGCUCUCAAGUCAAUGGAGUUGGUGGUGCGACGGCUUCAACUCAUCGAGUCCGCCUACGCGCAGUCAGCCUCUGCUCCAGACUUCUCAGGAGCAGAUCACUUCAUGGGAUGGGGUCCUGCUACAGCUUCGGCAUCAGUGGCCCCCGAGCUGGCUGCCCAUGUCGCCACCAAGUUCAGGGAUGAGGCCGCCAUCCUAAAGGAGUCCCGCAAGGCUGCCGAGGAGAGGCGGACCAGGCAGCCCACUGGUCGUGGAUCAGGUUUUGAGAGGUAUGUGGACGCCAGUCGCCAGCGCGACCUCUUCCCACUGCCAUCUGUUGAAGUGGAUGAGCGUCCUGAUCCUGGGUUGUCUGCUACAGUCUUCAAGCGUAUGUCGAGGAGGCGUGGGAGGCAGCUGCUCGCGAAUGGGGCCAUCGAUGCCCUCAACGUUUUAGCCUCCCCAGCCGCCAUCGCUUCGCAUCGGCCCACUGCCGCUCACCGAGCUGCCCACGGCCAAGUCUUGUCUGCUCCGACGGCGAGGCCCUCAUGCACAUCAUUGUACAAAGACCGCGAAGCCCUGAAGGCGCUUUGCGGAUCGGAGUUCUCCUACGCCGGGGCGGACUCCAGUUGCAGCGUGGAGCCGUAUGACCGAGGCCGGGUGUCGAUGCCUGCAGCGGGGGCCUCUCCUCCGAUGCUCUUGGACGUCAUCGACCAGUCUGGCAGAGACGUAAUCAACGGCUUCACCACCGAGAUGCUCCGCUCGCCCGUCGAGAUGUGGGCCAUCAUGGACCAGCAGGCAUCCAUUCAGCCCUACAUGGACAUGAGGCUCAAGAGUGACAGGUUUCUCUACAACCAGUUCGUGAAGGACCUGUUUGAAUCUAAUCUUGUGGAUUUCGGCACGGAGGCUGUCGAGACCGUCUACCCGUUUUUCGUGCGCAAGAAGUCAGGAAAGCAGAGACUGGUGUGGGAUUGUCGGGUUGCCAACAUCCGCUGGAGGGGCCCGCCCAAAGUCCGUAUGGCUAGCGGUUCCGCUUUCGCUGGCCUGGAGAUCCCACCAGAGAUGCAGGAGCAGGGCAUGUGGGGUGCAGGCUCCGACAUCGCAGACUACUUCUUCUGGCUCGCCAUGCCUGCCGAGAUGCGGCCGUACUUCGCCCUGCCGCCCGUGCCGGGGCCGCUGCUUCUGGAGUGGGGUGUUCCUGCUCACCUUGGCGGCGCUCUGCACGGCAUGAUGCAGGUGAGGCCGCGACUUCGCUCAGUUCCGAUGGGAUGGACUUGGGCGAUGUGGCUUGCUCAGCGCGUGCAUACCCAUCAGAUCUGUCUUGCUCUGCCAUGGGCCCCUUCGAGACUCAUGGAGGAGGGUGCCCCAGUUCCCGAGUGGCGUUCUGAUCUCCCAGUCCUCAAUGUCUAUUGCGAUAAUUUGGUUGUCCUUGCUUCUACUCCUGAGUGUGUUGUCUCAGCUCGUGAUGCCGUGAUUGCCCAGCUUGUCAAGUCAGGCUUCAUUGUUCAUGAGGUGUUCGGUCCUGUGCGACAGUUUACGGCUCUAGGGUAUUACAUUGACGGUGAGGCUAUGAAAGUUUGGGUUGAUCCGAUGAGGAGGGAGAGAAUAGCAGCAGCUGCUCGGGCCUUGUCGAGGAGGCCGCGGAUCACGGGACUCGCCUUAAGUCGUUUCAUUGGUCAUUGCAUCGCCGCCUUCCUCAUCUUCCGUCCUGGUCUCUCGGUUUUCAGACAGCUGUACGAUUUCGCGGCCAAGAUGGGGGCUACUCCGGGGCGUCUGUGGUCAGAGGCGGCUCAGGAGGCGCGUCUGGUCUCGUACCUCAUCCAGGUCACCAUGUCGGAUCUGCGCCUGGAGUGGUCGGAGAGGGUCCUUGCCACCGAUGCGUGUCUCUCUGGGUAUGCCGUUGCCUCUACGCGUUGGUCUCAGGAGGUAGUGAAGGACUAUGGGAAGGUGAGAGAGAAGUGGAGAUACCGAAGUAAGCUGCCGUCUGCUACUGCUCCUCGUCAUGCUGCUCUGCCUGCUUUCUCCGACCCGUUCACUGACAUAAACACCGUUAAGACCAUUGUCGAGCCGAAAGCUAUCUCGCCGUACGAGCCGAAUCCCGAUUUCGUCGAGAUCAACCCGAUUCAUCUCCAGAAGCCCGAUUGGAAGUUGCAGUAUGCUUCGAGGUUUCUGAAUCGGGAUGGGGCUAUAUCUGUCUUGGAGGGUAUCGGCAUGGCCUCUGGAGUUCGACACACCUCAAGGGGCCUCUAUGGGUCUCGGAGACGCCACCUCAUCUUGGGGGACAACCUGGGCACUGUCUUGGCCAUGGAGAAGGGCCGCUCGUCGUCGCUCGCCCUGAACAAGUCGUGUCGUAAGACCGCAGCCUUUUCGGCUGCCUCAGGAUCACGCUACGUUUAUCGCUGGAUCCCGUCUGAGAGCAACCGCGCCGACGAGGGCUCGCGCUUCUGGGAGCCGCGUCGGCGCCCCACCUCUGCAGCGGACGCUCCGCCCGGCGGUGGAGCCGCCAUCUCGCUCGCAGAGCGGCUGGAGCCGGACGAGGAGGACGACGCUCGCCUCCGGGGACGCCACGAGGCAGGCCCGGGCAGCCUCCCGCGCUUCGCUGGCGGGCAGCGCCAGGGCCAGGGCCGCCGGGGGACAGGGCACUUUCCCGGAGACUACGAGCAGCGCAACGCCAGCUUCCAGGAGUGGGCGACGGCGAACCAGUUGACAGUAAAGUUGGAGAGGGAGCCCGACCUCGUUCUCACGGACUUCAUCAACCACCUGUGGACGUCAGGUCGGGACGUCUCGGAGGGCGCGAGGACGCUGGCGGCCUUCAUGUAUUUCCACCGGGACUACUCGCGGGCUGGGACGUGCAUGCUCCCGAGGGCGCGCAAGGCGCUGAAGGGCUGGGGACGUUUGGAGCCAGGCAGAACCAGGCCUCCUGUCCCGCUGCACCUCUUGGCACUCCUGUGGCUCGAGAUGGUCAACAUGGGGAACCCGCUGAUGGCGCUCGCGCUGGUGACGAUGUGGGUCGCCUACCUGCGGCCGGGGGAGGCGAUGAGGCUCAAGGAGAAGUCGCUCGGUGUUCACCCGACCGUCGCCGAGAAGACGCAGGGCGAACACUCGUCAGCAAUCCUGUGGAGUCUGUACAUGCACGAGGAGAUGGAUCAGCACCCCUCGAAGGUCAACCUGUUCGAGGAGAGCCUGGUGCUGGACUCCGAAGACCUGCCCUGGUUGGGCGACAUGCUCGCGGGCCUCCGCCGAGGCCAGCCAGACAAGCUCUUCUUCGACUUCAAGUACUCCCAUCUCGGCCCCGCCAUGACGUCGGCUGCCAAGAGUGUCGGUCUCGAAAAGCUCAGAUCACGCCCA